AUGGCAAGUUCUCGUUUAGAAAGUCGUGGUGUUCAAAAAGAGGAAUUGGCACUCAUAUAUGCCGUGUACCCUGAUUUCAUAUGUUCAGUUAGAGGACUUCCACUUUUGCACCUUGCUGAGAAUGUUGACACCAUUCCGAACAAAGUCUUCCCAUUAAGUCUUGGCUGCCGUCUGUUACCUCCAACAAAUCAGGAGUCUGGGCGUUGUGUGGAACUCACUGAACGUUUGCCAUGUCCACAGGCCGAGCUGGUCAUUGCUUGUCAUAAACGCUACCCUGCUGUCCCGCCAAAAAUUUCAAUAAAGAAUGUAUCUGAAAUUGAUGCAAAACAACAGAAAAUACUCCUGGACCACCUCAAUGCAGUUGCGGUUGACGCUGUUCCAAGCCCUUCAAUAUUAUCGAUAAUUGACGCAGGACGUGAUCACCUUUCCAGCAUGCAGGAACAGGCGCAAAAGAAGCGUCUUGCUCAAAUCAAAGCCGCGGCAGCUCAAAAACAAAAGGAACAAGAAAUUGAGGUGGCACGUGUUCGCGCUGCGUUGGAACAUCGAAAGACACGAAUGGAGAGAAUCGUUUCCUCCAGCGUUUCUGGCUCCGAUACCGAAAGUGACGGAAUCCUCAUGUCCAUUGACCGUCGCCGAGACCGCAACAGAGAUGGUUCAAGUGGCAUUGGUGCCACGCACACCAGUAGUCACGACCAAGGCCAUCGGAGGCGCACAAACAGUGGCCAAGGCAGCUCUGCCACUGCUCAACGCUGUCCCGUCCCACGCCAUAACGGCGUAGCGACCAUCAAGUUCACGCGACCGAAGAUGAGGCAUGUUGGCGCCCAUCGCGGCAGCCAUAGAUCGGACAGUGAGAGUUCCGUUUCCCAAGCUCCGAGUGGUUCUGCUGUCCCUGGGGGUACUACCAUCCCUCCAUGCCCGUCGGUGCAAUCGUCUACGUUGACAGUCAUUCGUGGACAUUGUUCUGAUGGACCUCACAAUCCACCCCCCAAAGCCGGUGCCUGGUUCCCUUGCCAAGCAAGGUUUCCCGCCUUCGACGAGGCCUCGGGUGAUUUGCUUCAGGUCAACGAAUGGGUCUUCCAGUCCUCUGUGGUCCAGUCGAAAUCGGUCUUUGAGAACCAGAUAUCGUCUCGCGUGACUCACGCCGCCCGGCUCCCGCUUCAUCCAAGUCUUGUGCGAUUGUAUGCCAUGUCUGCCGAUCUGGAGGAAGGCGAGAAUGAGAGCUGGUAUGUCGUGAACCUGGUCAGCGACCGUCCCCGUGGAGUACCACUCACCACCCUCAUUCAACCCUCAAAGGUCCUCAAUGUACCCGUGGAUAUGAAAGCGCCAACUCCAACUACUGCAGAGGACAUGGAAAGGAUUCGGGAUGUCGCUCAUCAGGUGCUGGAGGCCCUUCAGUGGCUUUCACGGAACUCGAUGUCCCAUCGCAACCUUCAGCCUGACAAGAUCUUCAUAGAUGAAAAGGGCAACGUUCAGAUCUCGGAGUACGAGUUUUACGAACGCUUUGAUGAAUACGUAGCCAUGAGCAAGCGCCGCAGUGGUGGAGUUGAACACAGACAUUCAACUCCCUCUGCUACCGUCCUUCCGCCGAUACGAAAAUUCAGAUCAACGCACAAAAAAGACAUUUACUACCUGGGCGUUGUCUUGCUCUUUCUGGCAACUAAGACUCCACCUGAUAAAGUUGACUCACACGGCCAACCGGUUUUCACGCCCGCUCUUCAGUCAGCCCUUGCCCACGUGCCGACUUUCAAGGACUUUCUUCAGUCCUGUCUGUGCGAAAACGGCUCCUCUGCCGAGGACUUGCUUAAACACCCCUUUCUGCGCGAACCCAUCAACCAUAAUUUGUUCUCCAAGGCCUUCCUUAACGCGGGCAACCUUGAAAAGGCCACCAGGGCACGUAAUUUGUCGGGAAAGGAAGAUCACGACGUUCUAGCUAGCAAUUCUGGGGUACAGGAGGGUAAAACCCCCAGACUCUUCACAGACUUUGAAGACUUCAGCAUUAUCGGUCGUGGGGGCUUUGGAUGUGUGCUGCGCGCUCGGAAUAUCAUCGAAAAUCGGGAGUACGCCAUUAAGUGUGUCAAAAUCCCCCGUUCUGAAGCUGAAACUCUGCUUCGUGAGGUCAGAACGCUUUCUGGCCUUCAGCACGAUAAUAUCGUUAGGUACUUCACUUCGUGGAAAGACGUCUUCCAAGAACCUCUUCCGCACAGUUCCAUGCCGUGGUCUGCUGCAGCCUUUAAGUCGGCCGACGACCAGUCAUCUGAAACUACACCGGAUGAAGGUGACAGCGACGUCAUUGGUGACCGUGAAAGGAAUGAUAACAUUAAUCUCUCGAACAUUGUUGAAGAUCGUUCAGGCGAAGAACGCCAAGCAGAGACUGAAGACACUGGCUCGUGGAGAACGAUCACGCGGGGACGUCAUGGUUUGCGUUAUGGAGAUAUUGUGAAGGAGCCGAAGCCGACUGCGCCUUCUGCCAGUCUUGGUGACAAUGGCCACAAAAUCGGACUCAAAUCGGCCGACGUGUCUUGGGCAGAUCUGCCCGUUGACAGGCCUAUCACUCCAAAGGGCUUUUGUCGCCAGUCCUCGUCAACUGACGAGGCUGAUGAUGAUGAUGACGACGAUGAAAUCGAAGACGAUGAGGAUGAUGGCGACCUCUCCUCCUCCUCCUCUUCUGGGUCAGACAGGGAGGAACCUCCCAGCCAAGCCCACCUUCUCCGUAACAGUUCGUCCCUCAUCGUUUUCGAAGCAUCGCGGCAAAAUGAGGGUCCCGUUUUUGAUGGCCAGGAGACUCAGUCUGACUCCCAAGACACGGACGAACUAUCAAGCAGUGAGGAUGAGGACUCAUCCGACGGCGCCUCACCGCAAAAAAACCGAUCGAACAUAUCGUACAUUAUCAUCCAAAUGGAGUUGUGCGCGUGCAAGACCCUGCGUCGGGUCAUUGAUCGAGAGAACUUGAAUUUGCAUCCCGAUCGUGCGUGGAGUCUCUUUCGAGAGCUGGCAGACGGUCUCGCGUACAUCCACUCGAAGGGUGUGAUUCAUCGUGACCUGAAGCCCGCCAAUGUUUUGCUCGAUGCUGAAGACCAUGUAAAAAUCGGUGACUUUGGUCUUGCCAUUCGCAUGACCAGACAGCAAGCUGCGUCGGCAAGAAAAGAGGUCACGGCUCUCUUGCGUGGUUCGCGGAUAGUCUCCCAGUCAAAAUCCUCGGCAAUAGAUGCCGCCUCGUCAGGGAAUGAUCUUCGCCGCCGUCCUUCAUUCAGGGUUGUUGAGGGACCUGAACCGACUGGAGCCGCUAGUCCUCCGCCCCCACCCCUCCCCACAUCUGGCAACCCAAUGGUCAAUUUUCGGUCUUACGGAAUGACGGAGAACGUGGGUACAUAUCUCUACAUGAGCCCUGAAAUAGUCUCCGAACGAAAUACACGCGUCGACUACGAUGAGAAAGUUGAUAUCUACAGUUUGGGUAUCAUUUUGUUCGAGAUGUUCUACAAGUGCAUGCCCACUCUGAUGGAGCGCGUCACUGUUCUCAAUGACAUUCGCAAACCGAAAGUCAUUUUCCCCAAGGAUUGGGACGCCAACGCUCUGGCCAGCCAAACCGGACUGAUUAGGGCCCUGUUACAGCACGACCCCACCCGUCGACCCUCUGCUUCGCUGGGUCCUAACCAAGAGGCCUGUAUGUUGGCUUUUUGCCAGGUCGAGGAUCUCCUCGCCUCUCCGCUCAUCCCUCCGCUAAAGUCAACUGAAUCGGCCUUUAGGAAACAGGUUCUCGAGGCUUUUAACAAUCCGGAUGGCAGUCUGUACCGCUUCAUCGCCAAUAACCUCCUCACGAUGUCGUGCUCACGGACAGCGGAUUACCUCUACGACCGAUCUAAGAGUCUCAUUAAUUCCGCUGAUUCCAAUCAGCUACCCGAUAUUCUCGACUUGGUCCAUGGAGAUGAACAGUACUAUCUUCGAGCUCUGGUGAAUUUCCACUUGAUCGAACGGUAUACUAUUCGCCACCUGGAGUCGAUUUUCGCAGCCCAUUGUGCCCUUCCCAUCCAACUACCCACGCUCAUACCUGUCAGCAAGCGUUCAACUGCUGUUUGGCUCAAAACGGCUCAGGAGUGCACCUCUUCCACAUCCAGACACUCCCCAUUCAAUUCGCAGGCAGGUAACGAUUGCGCCUCCACGGACACCUCUUCGGCAGCACGGCAUCGUGAACCAGGUUUGCUGGCGGCCGCUCGUGUCAUGAUCGGAGGGCCUAUCUUUCUUGACGCCGAGGGUGUGCCUGUCUCCCUGCCUGACGCUCUUCAUGUCGGACUGGCACGCUUCAUAGCCCACACAGACCUCAAGCCAAGAGCUGGUCAGGAACUUAGGAGUUACCAGAUUGGACGGGUCUACAGCCCCUGGCCACAUGCCAACCCCUUUCGGGCAGUUGACCACCCUCGGGAGUCUAAAAGGGCCUCUUUCGAUGUGGCCUCUUCAGCCUACUUGCCUCACACGCUCGUGGAAAUUUUCCAAAUGCUGAAUUCAAUUACUGCCCUGAUUCCGCUGAAAAAUGCUACGUAUGUGCUCUAUAUCAGCCACACAGACCUGUUGGAGGCCAUUUUUAAGAUCAUAUCCGUGCCCGUUGACCUCCGGGUUGGACUGUGGCGUCACCUGGCGGAGGCCUGUGAGCACCCCGAGGCGAUCAUCCAGCCCACUCCCAAGGCAGGCUGUCCGCCGUUUCGCAGGCAGAUCGCCGUUCCGGAUCUCCUCACCUCCUGCCAGAGGGCUCACGCUCAGCGCCAAUUAACCAGACUGGUCCGAGUCGAGACGAGGCGGACCGAGGAUCUGGUUCGAGUCUUCUCCGAAGCCGCGACAAACUCCUGUGGAGCCGGCGCGGGUGGUGGUGGCAGCCGGCCAGUUAGGGAGGCCCGCGUCUCCAAGCAGUGUCGUCAGCUUGCCGAUAUCGUUAGCGCCAUUGAUCAAUUAAAAGCCAUCCCUGAUUUUCACGUCGUCCUGACCCCAGGCCUCGUCUUACCAUGUCACCUCUAUCAGGGCCUGGUUUUCCAACUGGUUUGCUACUCUUCGGUGCCAGGAGAGUUCGAUGCAAUUAUCGGCGAGAACAACUUUUCGGUGACCUUAAGGACGCAGAAUCGAUUUGCCGCCCCUCCGCCCUUGGCGCCAACCACCGACCCCGCGCAGACCUCCUCACGUCAGCGUCCUCCUGCGUGCUCUGCACCGACGAAGAAGUUGCUUGUUCUUGCCACCGGUGGCGAAUACCAACAUCUCGUCCACCGAUUCCGGCCACCAGAUGGAUUUCUUCGUCUACAAUCGAAGCAGGCGGACGACAUUCGACGGGAAUCCCUCGACGCACUGUCAGCUCCCACAGCCGAGGCUCAUCGGCUCCUUCGCACCAGCACCACCCCCGCGCUGUUUCCUAACGCCUCUGAGGCCCCCUCUGUCCUCGGUGUAUCCCUCUCGGUUCAUCGCCUGGCCAAGUUAUUCAUCCUCGCCACCGAGCGAUAUGGCUUGACCCUGUGUUCGCUCAACCCGCCUUUGCCCCUGGACACCGCACUGUGCCAUGUGGUUGUGACGUGGGAGCAGCGUCCACUUGAUCCUCGCAUCCCAGCGGCUGCGCAGUUCCUCGGUAGAGCGGUGGCGGAUCCCUGUGGCUCGUCGCGCGCGCGACGCCCCUCCACUUCGUCUGUGUCGUCGUCUGUGCCAGAAACGUGUUCCCUCUCCCCAUCAACCGGAUCCCCUACCGACGGUGGUGGCGCCUUCCCCGCAUCCAAGCGUCUUCCCGCGCCCGGUGUCGACCUUGCCGAGUGGGGCUUCCCUGGCACCUCAUACGUGGACGACCCCUCCUCGUGUGACCCCGUGCAGAUGGCUUUCGAUCUGUCCUGUUCUCUGUGGUCUGCUGGUAUCUCGACCCGAUUCAUCUCCACAGAAACAAAGGAUCCAAUGGAGCCAGCAGUAGAGAUGCGGGCCGCAUUUACCGUUCGUGUUUGCCUGAUGUCAGUGGCCUCUCAGGCCAUGAUCACCUACAAAAUCUGGCACCUUUCCGCUGACCGACCGGUGGGGGAGCCGGUGCGCUGUUGCCACGCCUCCAUGGUCGUCUCGCACAUCUGCCAGGUGCUCGGUGCUGCUGGCGCACGCGGCGGAGGCGCCUCGUGGCGGCGGCGAGGCAGCGACAACUCCAUCGCGCCCUCCGCGUUUGCCCCCUCUGCGUUCGGUGAUGCUGCCAGUGGUGUCAGCAACGGCCCGGUGUCCACCACUUCCGCCGUGCCCAGUGCCGUGUCUAGCUUCUUGGGCACCAACGGAAGCAACGCUGCAACGAACCCAAACCUCGCUCCCAGCUCCUCACGACAGUCUAAGUCAUGGGGUAUUUGCAUGACGAAUGAAUGCGGAUGUGACUUAUUCGUCCAUGCACCUUACUUGCAAGAGAAAUUCGUUUUCAACUCUUCGCAAACUACCGUCAUGUCUGGUGAGACCUUGCCUGCCUGGAUGGAAUUCAAAAUCAAACGCAGACCUCCAUUUUUGUCACUAUUGAUCCUCCUCUCUCACCUCGUGAUCUAUUGUCACAUUAUUCUUCCAAUGGCUCUUGUCUACACCUGGUUGCACUUUACCGUAUGUGAAGCAAAGAAUGAGCACCACUCACCCAUUCCCUAUUCCACAAAGUGCACCACGGUUAUCAGAAAUGAAGCAAUAAUGAGGGAUGUUUUGUUUUCAUUCCUUUUAGUCUCUGUACUGAUAAGCCGUCCCUUGGGAGUCCAGUCAUCGUGCCGCUUCCUGUCGGGCCGUUGGAAGCGCAGCCCUCUCAUCCCAACCCACCGAAUUCGAACUAUUCACCUUGUAGACCGUGUCACAAAUACCUCCGUGCUGCCGCAGCUGUUUCUAGAGUUAUAUCAACCCAGCCAUACGUCGGCUUCCCAGUCACGGCCCACUGAUGCGAAUAAAGAUGUGCGCCUGCAGCCUCUACUGAGUAUUCCCGGUGGCAACAAUUCCGGUUCGCUUUGCUGUCUCUCAUUGCAAUCCUUGGUGACAAUUUACCGACUUUCACAAGCUAUCCUUUUCAAAGAAUCUGUUAGUACUGCCUUCUAA